AGUAGCAGUAGCCGCUUUAGCAGAGACGGAGAUGGGCAGAGAGCGCGCGAGGCGCAGCAGCUCCAGAUCCUCGGCUCUCCCCGCCCUCAGUUCCCUGCGCCCCCGCUGUCUCUGCCUUGGCGUCCCCCGACUCCAGUUCCGCUCCUAGGACAGCGCCGCCACCGCCGCCCGGCCCUGCCUGCAGCCUGCGCCGCGCAACCCUCGCGUGCGCCCGGGAUGGCGCUUUCCCCCCAGGACUGGUUUAGAAUGUAAUAACUCAAGAAUUCGAUAACACAGWGGAAUAGUUUAACAACUGUUUAUGUGCUUCCCAUGAUAUGUUCUCUGUAUUAAAAAAUUAUGACAUCAACAUCCAAAGGAAUUCUCCGCCCAUUUUUAAUUGUCUGCAUUAUCUUGGGCUGCUUCAUGGCAUGUCUGCUUAUUUACAUCAAGCCCACCAACAGCUGGAUUUUCAGCCCAAUGGAGUCAGCCAGCUCAGUGCUAAAAAUGAAAAAUUUCUUCUCCACCAAAACUGAUUAUUUUAAUGAAACUACUAUUCUGGUGUGGGUGUGGCCAUUUGGGCAAACCUUUGACCUUACAUCCUGCCAAGCAAUGUUCAAUAUCCAAGGAUGUCAUCUCACAACAGACCGUUCACUGUACAACAAAUCUCACGCAGUCCUGAUACAUCACCGAGACAUCAGUUGGGAUCUGACUAAUUUACCUCAGCAGGCCAGACCGCCCUUCCAGAAAUGGAUUUGGAUGAAUUUGGAAUCACCAACUCAUACUCCCCAGAAGAGUGGUAUUGAGCAUCUGUUCAACCUGACUCUAACCUACCGCCGUGACUCAGAUAUCCAAGUGCCUUAUGGCUUCUUGACGGUGAGCACAAACCCCUUCGUGUUUGAAGUGCCAAGCAAAGAGAAGUUGGUGUGCUGGGUUGUAAGUAACUGGAACCCUGAACAUGCCAGGGUCAAGUAUUACAAUGAGCUAAGCAAAAGUAUUGAAAUCCACACCUAUGGGCAAGCAUUUGGAGAAUAUGUGAAUGAUAAAAAUUUGAUUCCUACCAUCUCUACUUGUAAAUUUUAUCUCUCUUUUGAAAACUCAAUCCAUAAAGAUUACAUCACAGAAAAGCUCUACAAUGCUUUUUUGGCUGGCUCUGUACCUGUUGUUCUGGGACCAUCUAGGGAAAACUAUGAGAAUUAUAUUCCAGCGGAUUCGUUCAUUCAUGUGGAAGAUUAUAACUCUCCCAGUGAGCUAGCCAAGUAUCUGAAGGAAGUCGACAAAAACAAUAAGUUAUACCUUAGUUACUUUAACUGGAGGAAAGAUUUCACUGUAAAUCUUCCACGGUUUUGGGAAUCACAUGCAUGCUUGGCUUGUGAUCAUGUAAAAAGGCAUCAAGAAUACAAGUCCGUUGGCAAUUUAGAGAAAUGGUUUUGGAAUUAA